AUGGGUUCACGGAAACGAGGCGUAUGGGAAAGAAUUCCUAAUGUUAACUAUGAGAGGGAACAUGAGACGUUUAUGACUACCAUGAACGCUGUGGCUGAGGUAGUGCGUGAGGCUGCAGUAGCAGCGGCUAGGGCUGUUAAACCGCCUAAGUUUAAAGGUACACUUGUUGCGACUGAUGCUGACAACUGGUUUCGAGCUAUCGAACGAUCACUGCGAGCGCAGCAUGGGAUACAGCGACUGUUGCAACAAGAUAAAGGCGAUAUUCCUUGGAAUACUUUUAAGGAUGAAUUUUAUAAGAAGUAUUUUCCGAGGACAGCUCGUGACGCUAAGGAAAUGGAACUUAUGCAGCUGAAACAGGGUAACACAACUGUUGCAGAAUAUGCCCGUAAGUUUGAUGACUUGUGCCGUUUCUCCAAGAUCUGCCAAGGAAAUCCUGCUGAUUUUGAAGAAUGGAACUGUUUGAAGUUCGAAGGGGGCCUUCUGAGGAUCUGA